AUGCAAAUUAUUUAAUAAAUUUAUUAGCCAAGGUAUGAAGAAUUUAUUAGUGAUUUUGAUUUUUAAAAUCUAUUGAUUUUAGAAUAGGGAGCAUUUGCUUAAUUGAAAAAAUUGCGAUUCAAAAGUAAAACUCUGCCUUUGGAAAAAUGA